AUGCUGUCGUAUCUGCGAAGCCAUGUAAGCUUUACACAUUGGCAGCUUUGCAGCGGUCUCAUCGUCCGGUUCCGGCCGAGAGUGAACGUUGGAUAUCGAUUGAACCACAGUGGUGCACAAACCUUUGCCAACGUGGUGAAGGAGCUUCGCGCGAAAGGUAAGUUGCCGAACGGGGCCAGCGUGCCUGAGUUCAGCACCACACCUGGGCCAGAUGGCGGCCCACCUGGUGGCUUUGUGGACAUUGAUGCUGCGUUGCUCGAGGAAGCAGAUGCCGAGAGCCUGGAUGUAGCAGACCAGGAUCAGUUUUUCACUGAGCAAACCGAAGAGGAGCCACUAGAGGAUGAUAGACACCAGCAGGCCGUGGCAGCUGCUCGUUUAGCUCGCCAGAAGGCCUUUGAAGAAGCUGCUCAGCUAAGCGAGGAGGAGCUCAGACAGCGGGUGAGGAGAUCCAUCGAAGAGCUUGUGCCAGAAAGCACCGCAAAUGCUGAGUCUGGGGACUCCGAGCUGACCCCGGCCCAGGUGUUCUACCUCGAGAAUCGAGAGCGUCUAGUUUCGCGUGCACAGGAUUAUUACCUUGAGAAGCACCGUGAGCUGCAAAUGCAAGAUGAGCCCGGUGAUGUUGAGGACGAGUGGCGCUACUACCACGAUCCGGUCGUGCGCCCUCCGAAGGGCCAUCUGUGGUCGACGGGUCUGGAAGAUGAUGGCGAUCACGGCCACGAGGGUGAUUGGUUGCAAGUUGUAGAGACCUGGCCGAAAGGGCAUCUCCCUGCGCCAGAGCUCCUUGCGAACCUGCUAAGGGCUGAACAAGCCCGUGACAUUAGCAUCAUUGAUUUGGAUGAGUGUGACCGGAGAGACGUUGGAAUGUAUGCCAUAUUGGCAACAGGGAUCACUUCCAGACACUGCCGCAGGCUUGGGCAGAUCAUGGCAAGAGCAACAGAGUCCUGCCAGCCGCCAUUUGUGGAAGCCUUUUGCUAUGGCACGCGUGAUGAUGAGUGGGUGGUUGCACACUGCGGUCCUAUCAAGGUUCAUCUGUUCACACGUGAAACUCGCGAGCAGUAUAAGCUUGAGCUGCUCUAUCGAAACCCAGAAGAGUUUUUCCAGCCGGGGGACUUUCCCCACUAUGUGGAGGUGUACGGCACAGCAACUGAAGCAAUGCUGCUGAAUGGUGGCACACACAUCACCAACUCUUUGGGAUCUCGCAGUCGGUCGCAGAUUCCUGCGCCUUAUCGAGAUUUCCUUUACGGAGAUGUCAUGAAGCCUGAUUACGAAGCUGCGGAGGACGCGAAGUAUGUAACGCCUCCGCACGGUACGAUUGAUGUAAGUGCGAGAAUGUCGUCGCCUGCAGACCGUUGGCCGGCUUCGGAGGAGUGGGAGCUGAAAGAUACUUCUUCCGUGUCCUGGCCAGAUGAUGCUGGAAACUGGCGUCCGCCGGCUGGAGCAGAAGCGGACACGGACAGCGAGGACGAGCGAGACGGAGAGGUGAGCCCGUCUGAGCAUGAUGACUCUCCGUUGAAGCGCUUGUAA